CAAUGGCAUCGACAACCAUGGCGUCCAGCGUCGUCUACAACCACUGUGUCCAUGCGGGUUCCACGGCCCUAUAUCUCUAUGAGCGAGUCCUGAGUAUCGACCAGGAGAUCAAUCUGGUUUGGAAGCGUGGAUCCAAGGGCCUCUUCGUGCCCGCUCUCUAUGUCAUCGUGACUGUCUCCCGUGUCUGCGUCAUCGCGGGGGACUCCCUCGUCCUAUUGGAAACGUGGCGUAAUACCUAUGGCCUUAAGAAGUUGGCGCGUGGUCUCGCGAUUAAGCCGUCUAUUGCAUCACUUCUUCUCAGAGAUGGUACUACGUACUUCUGUGUGCUACUUACAGUGAACAUCGUCACAGCAGUGCUGAGCGCGAUUAACCCUAUACUGGAGAUCGCCCACUUUUGUUUCGUGUUCAAUACCAUCCUGCUCUCUCGGUUCUUCUUGAAUCUCCGAGAAGUCUCCUCCCCACCUGAGCUCAGCUCAAUUUCGUCUACAUUCUCUGAUCUCCACUUCACCGAUGCGUUGCACGCGCUAGGCGGAUCUCUAGCUGAGCAUAUGGACUGUCCGGAAGACGUACUGGACCAUACUGGCGAGUCCAUUGUUGAUGCUGACGAGGAGCACGCUACUUCGCCAAGUUCAUGAUAUUAUGCGAGAAAAACAC